AUGUUCCCACUAAUUUCCAGCCAUCACCUUUGGUGGGGUGGGCUUCGGAGGACCGUCUGCCUGAACCUGCCAGUGCUGACCCUGCAGCACUUUCAGCAUAUGCACAUCAAAGUUGGAGACCGUGCUGAACUUAAGAGGGCCUUCACACAGACGGAUGUGGCAACCUUCUCAGAAUUAACGGGGGAUGUCAAUCCUUUGCAUUUGAAUGAAGACUUUGCAAAACACACCAAGUUUGGAAAUACAAUUGUACAUGGCGUUUUGAUCAACGGACUUAUCUCAGCUCUCCUGGGAACUAAAAUGCCAGGACCAGGCUGUGUAUUUCUUUCCCAGGAAAUUAGCUUUCCAGCCCCUUUAUAUAUUGGAGAAGUUGUUUUAGCUUCUGCAGAAGUGAAAAAGCUGAAGCGGUUCAUUGCUAUUAUUGCAGUGUCAUGUUCUGUAAUAGAAAGUAAAAAGACUGUUAUGGAAGGCUGGGUUAAAGUUAUGGUUCCAGAAGCUCCCAAAUCCUGAAAUACAUGUUUUAAAGAUGCAA